AGUAAUGGGUGAGGGAAGGUUUUUUUUGUCACUGUUUUUUUUUUCCUUAGUAGGUACUGGCACUUUUGAACUUAUAAACAUGACUAGCAACCUGACUAAACUGGAGAAGCCAGUUUCAUUGGUUUGGGGGUGUGCUUUAACUGCUGAAAAAAGCAUGUUCACUUUUGAUGUAUCGGAUGAGAAGUAUGAACACCAGCUGGCACUAAGGACGAUCUGCCUUGGAGCGGAAGCAAAAGAUGAAGUAAAUAUCAUUGAAAUUCUUCCGAAGGAGGAACAAGGGCCAGAUGCAAAGCCAGUACCCAUUGCCAGCUUGAAGGCUUCUAUUAUGCCAAUGGUGAGCAUGCUUGGUAUUGAACUCACACCACCUGUAACUUUUCGACUGAAGGCUGGAUCUGGACCAGUUUACAUCAGUGGGCAGCAUGUUGCUUUGGAGGAUGAUGACCAUACAUGGGAUGAGGAUGCUGAGGAAGAGGAGGAAGCAGAAGAGGAAGAAUUGGAAGAGGAGGAAGUUUCACCACCACCUAAAGUAGUGAAAAGACCAGCCACCAACAAGAAGUCUGGGGUUGCCAAAGUAGGCCAGAAGAAGAAAAUGGAGAAAGAGGAUAUGGAGGAAGAAAUGCCUUCCACUGAAGAUGAUUCGCCACAGAAAAAGGGAAAACCAGCUGGCAGAGGGAAGAAAGUACAGAAAAGCUGAGCAGUAGUUUCUUUUAGAGGUAUUCAAUGUGCCCAAGAUGGUGAAGAUCCCCAAAGAUUGUUUAUUUAAAUAAAAAGCUGAAAUU